AUGGCUGAUGGUUACGAUGAUGCAACAAGCCAACGAGCAUACAUGUACCCCAUGCGACAGACGGGGCAAUCGCAGCCUUCUAGUGCCACUUUGACCGGGUCUACAUUGGGAGACUACGGCAAUAUACAUCAAGGGGAUCAGAACAUAAGCAUAGAACAAGUUCGCAAUAUUACCAACAACUAUGCCUAUCUACCGCCUCAAACUAGGAGCCACCCGACAUUUGACCCUCACCGAGAUCGGCCGAGGACGCCUUGUUGGACCGUUCCGUUCGGCCGGAACAGAGACUUUGUCGGCCGUGAAUCGAUUCUGGACCAACUUCUCAGCAUGAUCCCUCCCACCGCGGAUAAGGACGACUGUCAACGGACUGUUGUCAGUGGACUUGGUGGCAUCGGAAAGACCCAAAUCGCCCUCGAAGCUGCCUUUCGCGUCCGCGCCAGGUACGGAGAUUGUCAUGUCUUCUGGGUUCCAGCUAUUAAUACCACCACUUUUGAGAAUGCCUACCAUGAAAUCGGCCGGAAGCUGAACAUACAAAUUAUUGAAGACGAUAAGGCAGACAUCAAGUUACUUGUUAAAGCAGCAUUAAGCCAAAUCUCUGAUAGCUGGCUCCUGGUUAUCGACAACGCUGACGACGCAACCCUAUUCGGAGAAACUAGCGAAGUCACAUCGUUGAGGGAUUAUCUGCCCUUUAAUCUCAAAGGAUCCAUCCUCUUCACAACCCGAAAUGUAGAAGUCAGCCAAAAGCUAGACGUCCGGAGGGAGAAUGUCGUCCAUCUUACGGGGAUGAGUCGAUCGGAAGCGACCAAUAUGCUACAGAAUGGUUUGAAUCCCCUUCAAAUGAGUGAUUCGCAGAGCCUCGAGAGCUUGCUUGAGCUUUUGUCCCAUUUGCCGCUUGCUAUUAAACAAGCGUCUGCAUACAUGAUGAAGACUGGGAUAUCGAUUUCUCAAUAUCUUAAGUUUUGGCGUUCCAGCGACGAGGCCUUGAUUACGCUGUUAAGCAAAAACUUUGACGAUCGAGCACGCUACGAGACUGCUCAAAAUCCGAUUGCCACAACAUGGUUGAUUUCAUUCGAGGCCAUCUCUCAAAAUAAUCCAACUGCGGCUAGGUACUUGAAAUUUGUGGCUUUUCUUGCUGAAAAGGAUAUUCCGAAACGUCUCCUACCGCCAACCGACGAUGAAUUUGAUGCGUGCGAAGCUAUCGGUACGCUGAAAGCAUACGGAUUCAUUAACGAACGGGCGUGUGGAGAUGCAUACGAUAUGCACAGGCUCGUCCGUCUGGUGAUGCAAAACUGGAUGAGAGAAAAAGGGGAAUUGCAGACAAAUAUCACAACAGUCAUGCAGCGCUUCGAUGCAGAAGUCCCUUUCCCUUUAUUUUGGAAUAAAGAUAAAUGGGUAAGGUGUUUGCCACACAUGAUAAUGGCGUUGAAGUUUCAAGACCACGUGUUAGGCCAGAUCCUUGUGUCGUCCAUUUUACAUAAGGCGGCGUGCGGCCUCUUUAUUCAAGGGAAAUAUAAGGAUGCCAAAGAGAUGAACCAAAAGGCGCUUGAUCUACAUAUUGAAGCACUGGGUGGUGAACAUCCCGGUACUCUUGAGAUUAUGGAUACGAGUUUGUCUAUUGCCGCUUGUGAAGACCAGCCGGCGGAAAUCGAGCAGAUGAGUGAGACAGUGCUUGAGCUACGGAGAAAAAUAUUAGGCACUGAGCAUCCUCACACACUUGAGAGCAUGCAAAGACUCUCAGAGGCUUUCUAUAGACAACAACAGUAUGAGAAAGCUGCGGACAUGGGCCGGCAGGCACUCGAUCUACAUAUAAAAGUGCUAGGUGCUGAGCAUCUUAUGACACUUAAGACUAUGUCUACCCUCUCUUUAGCUCUCACUGUACAGGGCUACUAUAAUGAGGCUGAGCGGAUAAGCCGGCAGGCAUCUGACUCACUGAUGAAAAGACAAGUGUUUGAGCAUCCUGUCACACUGGCGUGUAUGAACGCUCUCGCUUUCAGUCUUUAUUCACAACGCCGCUACGAGGAGGCUGCGCAGAUAAACCGGCAGGUACUUGAUUUAUGUAUAAAAGUUCUAGGUGCUGAGCAUCCUAGCACACUGGUCAGCAGCAAUUUUAUGUCUAUUAUUCUUCGUGAACGGGACCGGCGCAAGAAGGAGGAAAACAAGCAGAUACCAAAAGAGCCGGGAGCUAGCAAACCACCAAAAGACAAAAUCAGAUUGCACAUACACAUUGUGGCAAGAUUUCUGUCAUUUAGUGGUGGUGUACUUAUUACGGUUAGUAUUAUAAUAAAAUAG